AUGCCUACAAUCGCAGUAGACAAGGCUCAUCUCUACGAGGCAUUGGGUAGAGAGUACACAACGGAAGAGUUCGACCAACUAUGCUUCGACUUCGGCAUUGAGCUCGACGAGGACACCACCGACCAGAAGCGACCAGUGGUGGAUGGCGUGCAGGAGAGGCCACAGCUCAAGAUCGAGAUCCCCGCGAACAGAUAUGACAUGCUCUGCUUCGAGGGCAUUGCCAUGAAUCUCAAGGUCUACCUUGGUCAACAACAGAUGCCCAAAUACGCCCUCGUGCCCCCCGCCAAUGGCGAGAUUCUCACCGUCAAUGUCGACCCAGCGACAGAGAAGGUCCGACCAUACUUCUCAUGUGCUAUCCUCAGGAACAUCAAGUUCACCAAGGAGCGGUACGAGUCUUUCAUCGCCCUGCAGGACAAGCUUCACUCCAACCUUGCUCGCAAUCGAACAUUAGUCGCCAUUGGUACCCAUGACUUGGACACUCUCGAGGGACCAUUCUCCUACGAGGCACUUGCUCCCGACCAGAUCAACUUUGCACCUCUCAACCAGACCAAGUCGAUGAGGGCAGAUGAGAUGAUGGAGUUCUUCGAGAAGGACAAGCAUCUUUCCAAAUUCCUGCCCAUCAUUCGAAGCAAGGAUCCUGAACAGCGCAAGAACGACUUAUAUCCAAUCAUCUACGACAAGAACCGCACAAUACUCUCCAUGCCACCCAUAAUCAACAGCAACCACUCGAAGAUCACCCUCGACACGAAGAAUGUCUUCAUUGACAUCACGGCGACUGACAAGACGAAAGUCGAGAUUGUCAACCACAUUCUGGUGGCCAUGUUCUCCACGUAUUGUGAGAAGCCAUUCACCAUCGAGCCUGUCAACAUUGUAUCGGAACACAACAAGCAGACACGGCAAACUCCUAACCUGAAGCCAGUUCCGUUCAAGGCUUCUACCAACUUCAUCAACUCAGUAUGCGGGCUCGAUUUGUCGCGGGAAGAAUGGUCGGAGAAGCUCGCGAAGAUGUGCCAUUAUGUCAAGCCUUCAGAGUCGGAUCCUGAUAAGCUCGACGUCGAUGUGCCAGUCACUCGUGCUGAUGUGCUACACGAAGCUGAUAUCAUGGAGGACGCUGCGGUCGCAUAUGGCUUCAACAAGCUGCCUCGUAACUUUCCCAACCAGAACAGUUCAGUCGCAGCUGGACUACCCAUCAACAAGCUCGCCGACAUCGUGCGGCUCGAAGCAGCAAUGGCGGGCUGGAGCGAAGUCAUGCCACUAAUUCUUUGCAGUAAAGACGAGAACUACGACUGGCUAAACCAUCCAUUUGCUAAGGAGGGCGGCAAUGCCGUACAGCUGGAGAAUCCAAAGACUGCAGAGUAUCAAAUUGUUCGAACAUCACUCGUGCCAGGUCUCCUGAAGACCAUCCGAGAGAACAGGAAACAUGCCGUGCCGAUGAAGAUCUUUGAAGUAGCUGACGUGUGCUUCAAGGACGACAAGCUCGAGCGGAGAAGCAGGAAUGAGAGGCAUUUCGCUGCGGCAUGGUAUGGCAAGACGAGCGGCUUUGAGCAAGUACAUGGCCUAUUAGAUCGUGUCAUGCUUAUGUUGAGGUCGACUUUCAUCACACGAGAAGACGGUAUGAAGAACGACAAGCUGCAGGGAUACUUCAUUGAGGAAGUUGAUGACCCAACCUACCUCGCAGGCCACUCUGCAGCCAUCUACCUCCAACUCGCAGGCAAGCCCACACGUAUCGGCACGUUCGGCAUCCUUCAUCCGAAAGUACUCAAGCGUUUCGAACUACCAUUCCCGACAUCAGCUCUGGAGUUGAACCUUGAAGUCUUUCUCUAG